ACCUUCCACGCACAAAACCAUCAGGCCAGCAUCYCUGUGACGGCCCUCAGCGUCUGCUGGAGCAGUGGGGCACCGAACAACGACGACGCUAACACUGGAGCUGUAAAAUUAACAACGGGAGGCUCCCGUUUAAAGCGCCGCAGCGAGCCGACCAGCCAGCGACGUGUCAUCGCUUGUGUCCCCUCUCGGAAACGACUUUUUUUUUGGGAGUGUUUCAGAGAAGCGCAAACCGACACACCGCAGACCACUGCCGCCGCACAUCCUCCAAGAAACGAACAAAAAACCCACCCAACCUCUCAAAUCCAAAAGCAAAAGAAAAAUGGUGCAAAAUAAGAUCACCGAAGUCACCGGAUUCCACCGCUCUUUCAAGGGACAAAAUCCCUUUGAAUCAGAGGAUUUCACCAAAAAUGGAUCCCGUCUCAUUGAAUCAUUUAAUUUUGGUUCCUCCCCAAGACAUGAUAUGCCUUCCAGCCAGCCUAUUGACAUUCCCGAUGCCAAGAAGAGAAACAAGAAGAAAAAACGCUGCAGAGCAACGGACAGUUUCUCUGGACGAUUCGAAGACGUCUACAGACUGCAGGAAGAAGUGCUAGGAGAGGGCGCUUACGCCAGAGUACAAGCGUGCAUCAGCCUCAUCACCAACAAGGAGUACGCUGUCAAAAUGAUUGAAAAAGGACCAGGACACAGCCGCAGCCGUGUUUUCCGUGAAGUUGAGAUGCUCUACCAGUGCCAGGGUCACAGGAACAUCCUGGAGUUGGUAGAGUUUUUUGAAGAGGAAGACAAAUUCUACCUGGUUUUUGAAAAACUCAGAGGAGGGUCAGUUUUGGAACAAAUUCACAAGAGACAGCGCUUCAGUGAGCAGGAAGCCAGUGUUAUUGUGCAUGACAUUGCCAGUGCUCUUGAUUUCCUGCACAACAAGGGAAUGGCUCAUAGAGACCUAAAACCUGAAAACAUUCUCUGUGAGAGUUCAGACAGGAUUUCCCCUGUCAAGAUCUGUGACUUUGACUUGGGAAGUGGAAUCAAGCUGAACAGUGACAGCUCACCCAUCUCUACUCCCGAACUACUCACUCCUUGUGGCUCGGCAGAAUACAUGGCACCUGAAGUAGUGGAGGCCUUCAGCGAAGAGGCUACGAUCUACGACAAGCGCUGCGAUCUGUGGAGCCUCGGGGUGAUCCUCUACAUCAUGCUGAGUGGUUAUCCCCCCUUCGUAGGUCGCUGCGGUGGCRACUGCGGCUGGGAACUGGGAGAGCCAUGCCACAUCUGUCAGAACACUUUGUUUGAAAGCAUUCAAGAAGGAAAGUACGAGUUUCCUGACAAGGACUGGGCUCACAUCUCCUCAAGUGCCAAAGACCUGAUAUCCAAACUCCUGGUUCGGGACGCCAAAAAGCGCCUGAGUGCCAGCCAGGUGUUGCAGCACCCCUGGGUGCAAGGGGGUGUAUCUGACACUUUACCAACAUCCGUCUUACAUCAAAGAACCAGCAGUGCCAGGGAUCUGACGUUCUUCGCUGAUCAGGCCAUGGCUGUGAACCGGCAGCUGGCCGAACAGGACGGCAUGGAAGAGCAGCAGCAGCAGGAAGUCCCAGUUGUGGUCCCAGCCCCGGGCUCCUCGGUGCGCCUCUCCCCUCCCUCCGGCUCCAAGCUGGCCCGGCGCCGGCAGCGAAGCAGCCAGCCCAAGGGCGGGCCCGUUUCUGCCACGGAGCUGUGUCAGCUCCUGGCCCCUCUUGUUAUUGUGGGAGACUGUGCUUGAACUCGGUCCGCACGGAGUUCUGAACCUCUGUUUAAGAUCGACAACCAGAUCAAAGACCACCCCUCCACUCCUCCCUGACUCCGGUCGGACUCGGUUCCUUUGCGAUUCGGGCGGUGACGCCCAUCUGAACCGGGGCCGUUCCUCUAAAUGCCUUCUGUCCUUAUGCAGCAUUUCAGAAGCACAUCAGCACAGGGUCUGCGUACACACAAUGUUCACACUCGGGUUAUGGAAAAGGAGAUCAGUUAAUGAUUUGGGAUAAAACUUUUUUUUUUUUUUCCACUUCACGCAACUCAGUUCAGAAGUCAGAACAUUGAUGUUGAAACUAAGCUCAGACACCAAAGGACAACCUGUUGUGCUGCUCCCACGUUACAACUGGAACCACUGUGAAUUAAGUUAUGUCGAAUGUUCUCUCUGCCUGUAUGUAUUUGCCUGAUCGGGCCAUCUGCAGAUGCGUACAAGUUUAUGCAAUAUGCCAAGAUGAAGGCUGUUUUUUUUUUUUUUUUUUUUUGUCUUGAAAGGAUU